GCCGAGUUAGUUAUUCUUUUAUGGUAUCUCAUGAUACUUUCGAUAACAUUUUAUACUCCAUACCAUGGCAAUUGGUAACUUGUCAAGUAAUACGACCUAUGCAUUGUCGAGCCUGCUGUUGUGUCUCACAAAGUACCAAUUAUUGCUAGCAUAUUCAGAUAUUUGAAGUGCUCUUGAAAAUUUUUGCACUAGCAUCAUAGGAUGAACACGCAUGUUUAUAGUCAAAGCAAAUUGUAUUUCUUCAAAGUCUUUUCUGUGUAACUAGAUUGAUUCAAAGAAAAUCUCUUUUCUGUACUAGUUAUCUGGAUUACAAGGAUAAAACUAUCUUCUCCUAAAUCUUUCACAUCAAAGUUAUCACAAAACAUUAGCUUCAAAACAUUGAAAACAAGAAUAUUUGAACCCAAGAUUAACAUAUCAUUCACAUACAAACAUAUGAUAGUGUACCUGUCAAUUUCAUAUUCAAGUUAAAAUCAUGAGAGAGAACCCCUAAUAUCAAAUUAGGGUUCGGCGUACCGUACAAUUCACCAGGAUUGUUUGAUUAAAAGAAAUAUACGAAGGUAAAAUUGACAUACUCUUUGUUAGAGAGUGGUAUAAGAUCCAACAGAACCUUCUCCCAACAACUCGAGUUAUUGGGAUCAACUGGUUCAUGAUAUGCUAUCAGAGCUGGUUUGGCCAAAUGGUCGUGUGUUCGAAUCUCCACGACCCCCAAUAUUAAUAGUUGAUUAAAGCACAAGGUAAGGUGGGCCUGUGCAAACUUCAAGCCCAUGGGUUGGCUUUAGUUUGAAGGGGCGUGUUAGAGAGUGGUAUAAGAUCCAGCAGAACCUUCUCCCAACAACUCGAGUUAUUGGGAUCAACUGGUUCAUUUUAAACAUCGUAAAAACAAACAUUCUUGAUUACCUUUCGUUUAUACACAUAUUUAUAUGAAUAUAUGAUCUGUUAAAACUUACCUGCUCUGUGAUUCUUCUUUUAUGAUUUUUCUUGCGUACAGAAACCCUAAAUAUAUGUAUUAAUGCAGGUCUGAAGCUGCCCUUGUGAAGGAAAUUGUUACAACAAUCCAAGAAAUGAUCCGUAAAAGCGAUCUGCCAUGCUUCCCUGGCCAUUGUCGUUACUUCCCUAAGCCCUGGGAGGAGCACAAGCACAAGCACAAGCCCUCCGCCGCAUCCACAACAACAACAACCUUAAUCUCAACCACGAGAAGGUCCGCGGCCGCCACCUUGUCCUUCCGUAUAGUGGUUGUGGUUGCAGCUGCAUCUGCCUUUGGCGGCGCCGCCGUCAUUGCCAUAUAUGUUUUUGUAACAAAACCCCACAGCUUUUUCUGACAAGCGGCUCCAAGUUACAGCCAAAUGAGACGAGGCAUACUUGAACUGUCGUAAUUGAUGGAGGGGACUAAACUCUUACGUACCGAAGGAUAAUUAAGAGCUUCUCUUUUCAAUUUUCAUGACCUAAACUUCUAUUUGCAAAGAGAUCGAGGUUCUUUCAUUGCCUACAGUACUGAUUUUUCUGUAAGCGUAAUUCAGAAAAUAAAAAAUAUAGAACUACUAUAUAUAUAUAUAUAUAUAUAUAUAUAUAUAUAUCCCUACAUACUCAUAAAGUGAUCGAUAUAUGUAUAUGUGCACCUGUAGAUCGAAAACCAGCUUGCUGCUGGUUUUCUUUGUUUGCUGCUGCUGAUGAUGAGCCUGGCUGCAUGCUCCCGUCCGGCCGACUGAUCACCGGCCACAAUAGCUAAAUGGUUCUGCUGAUCGAUCGAAGUGGAUCUGUCUCUUCAUCAUCAUAAUUUUCAUCAAAACUGCCCGCAAGCAUCGAAACGCUCAACUGACUGCAAUUUGGAACAGAAAAGGGAGAAGAAGGAGGAUGUAUGCAUCGGUUUGCCUGCGUAGACUUUUUUUUUCGUGAGGUGUCGUGCGCCACAGUUAUACUGUCUGCAUCAUCAGCUGCUUUUAUGGAGCCAAGAAGCUUUGACAUUGUCCCCUCAUGAGGCAAGCCUAUAGUUCCAUCUAAUUAAUAAACCCCGUUUUAUGAAUCAUCUGUAAUUAAUUAAUGCUGCAAGAGGGUCGUGAUUCGAAGUGCCCGAUUUUGUUUUCCAGAUUCAUAAAUAUACGAUCAAGAAAUUACAUUAAUGUGAAGAAAACAGAUCUCAAGCUUAUAUCUUGAUGUACCGGAAGAAAAUACUGAAUUUGUUUUUAAAAAAUAGGUACCCAUGUGCUUAGAAAGUUAAUGGUCAGUAACAUAACCCACCAACAUGUUACUCAAGUUGAUGAUCGGAUCAGGAAUUAUCCACACCAGAGAGGGACGGAAUGGGUUAGUCUGUCCACAGGCCCGGCUCUGACGUCGAUAUUGCAAGCUCCGGCCCAUCUGGAUCCUGUUAAGAUAACAUGGUAGUUUGUACGUGGGAUGGGGCCACGAGAAGUGAGUCUCACUCGGCCGGUGGGAUGAUUCUUAUGAACCCAAUUAGGGUGAUCCUAUUGGCGAAGGGAGUUCAGUUCUAGUUGAUUGAUGACCCCAUGAUUGUGGAACUGCUAGUGCUAAGGGAGGCUAUCGUGUGGUGUCUUGAGCUCGGCUUUUCGGACGUCAUUUUUGAGGGAGAUGCUAAGGUGCUCAUUGAUAAAGUCAAUCAGGCAGAAACUAGAGAUAACCGGAUGGGGGCCGUCCUUGAGGAGAUAGUGUAUUAUUUUCAGGCCCAAUCUGGUUUACUAUUCGAUUUGUAGGUCGGUGUAACAAUAGGGUAGUCCAUGUGGCGGCUAGAAAGGCCCUUUCUUUGUACCCAGCUAUGAGUCGGCGCUUUGAUUUUCGGACCUGGCUUAAUUUCAGGGUGUAACUAUCAAUUUUUUCUAUCAAUAAAUGAUUUUUCUUUUGUCAAAAACAAAAAAAGAGGGACAGAAUGAAUUUGUGGGCGUAAGGAGAAUUAUAAUUCAUUUAUGAAAUAUAGUUUCAUCGGUGAGGUCAAGGGUUCAAUUCUUUUAGACUCACAAUAUUAAUGAUUGUGUUAAAGUAAAUGGCAUGGUGAAUU